AUGGCGGAUGUGACAGUGCGCAGAUGUGAGGGUUUCGAAUGUGAGAAACCGGCGAAACUACGUUGUCCUACCUGCAUCAAGCUGGGCCUGAAGGACUCGUUCUUCUGCGAUCAGACAUGCUUCAAAGCAAACUGGCCAACUCAUAAGAACCAACAUACGGACCCAGAUACGCCGUACAAUCCUUGGCCGAAUUAUCGUUUCACGGGUUCCCUUCGUCCAGCCAAGGUUACACCAAAGAGAUCAGUACCGCAAUCAAUACCACGUCCUGACUAUGCUCUUCACCCUGAAGGUGUGUCCUUCGAAGAACGACAAGCUAAAAAGAAUAAGGAAGUCAAGGUACUGGAUGACGAGGAGAAAGAAGGUCUACGCGUGGCUUGUCGACUAGGGCGCGAAGUUCUGGAUGAAGCAGCUAAAGCAUGCGUUCCUGGCGUGACCACCGAUGAGAUUGACCGCGUAGUUCACGAGGCUUGCAUUGAAAAGAAUUGCUAUCCGAGCCCAUUAGGAUACUAUAAUUUUCCUAAAAGUUGUUGUACCUCUGUCAAUGAAGUUAUAUGUCACGGAAUACCAGAUCUACGUGUAUUGGAGAAUGGAGACUUAUGUAAUGUCGACGUUACGGUAUAUCAUAGAGGGUUUCAUGGGGACUUGAAUGAAACGUUUCUUGUUGGCGAUAAGGUGGACGAGGAAUCGAGGAGACUCGUCUCGGUUACUUAUGAAUGCUUACAGCAGGCCAUAUCUAUCGUGAGACCAGGAGUGAAAUUUCGCGAAAUUGGUGGUGUCAUUCAGAAGCACGCAAAUGCUAACGGAUUCUCCGUAGUGAAAUCCUAUUGUGGACAUGGAAUUCAUAGGCUGUUUCAUACCGCUCCUAACGUGCCUCAUUAUGCAAAAAACACAGCAACGGGUGUUAUGAAGCCGGGAAAUUCCUUCACUAUUGAGCCAAUGAUCAACGCAGGCAGUUAUCAUGAUGAUCGUUGGCCCGAUAAUUGGACUGCUGUUACAACUGAUGGAAAACGAUCAGCUCAGUUUGAACAUACCCUUCUAGUGACUGAGAAUGGUUGUGAAGUUUUGACCGUUCGUGGGAGCGGUCGACCAUGGUUUAUGGAUCAAAUCGACCAAUUUAAGAGUAGAUAG